AUCUGGUGUAACAACCUGUAGCUAAUGUGUAGAUAGUUGGACAGAGGAGCAGCUAGUUGUGGACAUUACUGGUUAUAUAACAAGUUCAUAAUCGAGCAAUACAUGUAAAAUUAAAACAACGCUUAGUCUCUUCAAUGUAUAUAAUAAUAAUAAUAAUUCUAAAACAUUUUCUCUGUGUUGCCAGGCAACAGCAUACAGCAGACGCUCCCUCUGUGAGAGAAGAGUGGUGGGAGUAGGACGACGUUGGGAUGCUUGCGUGUCUGUGUGGUGCAGACCAGACAUACAGUGGAGAGGAGUGGCAGCAAUGUUGCCUGGUGUUGGUGUGUUUGGCACAGGGAGUACAGCACGGGUGCUAGUUCCAUUGCUGCGGGGGGAAGGGUUUGAGGUACGCGCGCUCUGGGGGAGGAGCGAGGAGGAGGCAUGCGCCCUGGCGCAGGAGCUGGGCAUUCCGUUUCACACCAGCCAAUCGGACGAUGUCUUAUUGCACCCUGAUGUUGACCUUGUCUGCAUCUACAUCUCACCCCCACUCACACGGCAGAUUGCAGUCAAAGCCCUGGGUAAGACAACACAAAUACAUGCAUGCACACUUGUACACACACACAGUUGGGUUUUCCUGCCCUGUGGGAGAGCAUGGGUAAUCAAUCCCAGUGUUUACACCACAAACGUUGGCACAAUGCCUACACAACACUCAGGCAACAUACAGAAUACUCUUACUGUGCUUUCAUAGCACACAAACACUUGACGAGGCCAUAGGGAAGCAAUGCUUCCACAAACUUACAUAAACAAUACAGUCUCUGAUGAACACUGAUAAUCGGUGCAUUCCUCUUCUAAUCUGUCUGGACUCAUACCUCCCAUACAUCCCUCCCCCCAUCUCUCUCUCUCCAUGGCUGAGGCUCUCUCUUUUCCUCUUUCUCACUACCUCCCUUCUCUUAGUCUCUAUUGAGCCCUCUCUGUCUAUCACUGUAUUCUGAUUGAUUUACAAUAGUUGGCUAUACGCUUUAACUGAAUCGUGAGUUUUGAGGUACUGGUAGGUUAUGAUGUCAGAGGAGGUGAAUUGACCGUCUUAUCUGGGUGAAUUCCUGAGCGUUGACCUCAUCUUCCUGCUUUAGUUCCUGCUUCCUGAGAGUGUCUCCACCAACCGGAAGGUCCCUCCCUGCUCUGGGGGAGGGACGUGCUGUUUGCGUGUGUGUGUGCGUGCGGCAGAGGGGUCUGGACAGUAUGUACUUCCUCCUGUGUCCGGUCGAAUAGUGGACUCCCUGUGUUGGGUGGGGCUUUAAGGUCAGGGCUGAGGUUAUAUUUGCAUAGAGACACACACACACACACACACACAGUUAAUAGAUGGUGCCACAACCUACAUACACACAUGGUGGUUGUUGAAGCAUAGAGGCAUUUUCAGGAACACCUCUUUCUCUCUCUCUCUCUCUCUCUCUCUCUCUCUCGUAGGGAUAGGUAAGAAUGUGGUAUGUGAGAAGGCUGCUACCGCUGUGGACGCGUUCAAGAUGGUGACUGCGGCGCGGUACUACCCCCAGUUGCUGAGCAUUGUGGGUAAUGCUCUGCGCUUCCUCCCAGCGUUCGUAGCAAUGCGGCAGCUGCUGGCGGAGGGAUACGUGGGUGAGCUGCAGGUGUGUGACGCCCGUGUCUAUGGCCCCAGUCUGCUCGACCAAUCAUACGGCUGGACCUGCGAGGAGCUGAUGGGGGGUGGCGGGCUCCACACGGUUGGCUCUACCCUCGUGGACCUGCUGAGUCACCUGACGGGAGCACGGGCGAUGCGGGUGCACGGCCUUCUCCGGACGUUCGUGCGGCAGAAUGGAGCGAUCCGCGGGAUCCGCCGCGUCACCAGCGAUGACUUCUGUUUCUUCCAGAUGCUGAUGGGAGGGUCUCAUUCUGGUAGCGGGGCGGGGACUGGAACUGGGUCAGGAGUGUGCUGCACUGUGACUCUGAACUUCAACAUGCCGGGGGCCUUCGUCCACGAGGUGAUGGUUGUUGGUUCAGCAGGGAGGCUGAUUGCCAGGGGGACAGAGCUGUACGGGCAGCGCAAUGGAGGGAACGGGGAGGAGCUGCUGCUAGGGGACAGCGGAGGGACGGGACAAGAGGUCAAGGAUGUCCCCCUGCCACACCUGCGGGGGCUAGGCUCCAUGGUUACAGCUCUAAAAUAUGCUUUCCAGGCACAGGAGGAGCGUCGGUCAUGGGCGCAGGGGCCGGUUGCCAUGGCGUCAACGUUUGAGGAUGGGCUGUACGUGCAGACGGUGGUGGAGGCGGUGAAACGGUCAAGCCGCAGCGGAGAGUGGGAAAGUGUGGAGGUCAUGACUCAGGAACCAGAUCCCAACCAAAACCUGUGUGAGGCGCUGCAGAGAAACAAGAACUGAGUACUCAUAUUUAUAUACACACACACCUACACAUACUAAUAUAAAUGACCUACAGACAGCCUCUAUGGCCUGUCCUGAGGAGACUGUCCCCUAUCAACCACUACCCUCCCCUGCAAGAACCCACAGCCAGGCAGACUGGUGGGCACACCUUCUACUGGAACAGAACUACUGGAUGUGAACUCUUCUCAGCAGAGUUGUUGUGUGUGUGCAUGCCUGCGUGCGUUUUGAAAUAUUCCCAGCCAAUCCGGCCCUAGUUCACCACUUUCCUGUCAAAUCAGUGAUCACCUUGAAGGAGGACGUGUUAAGUAUUCACACUAUAGUUUCUCACUGUGCCUCACUACUUCUGCUGAUGUAAGAAAUGUUUGUUGGAGUUUACAUACAUGUCAUAGAUUAAAUGUAGGAUUAUCUCUUACACAAAUGUGUAUUAUACACAUAAACAUAUAUAGUUAUUUUUAAAGAGUAACUUACUAACUCAAGAAUUUCAUUUUAAAAAACUAACUUUUUACGAGAAGAUGCGUAUCAUCAUCAGACUGCCCUCACAGCAGAGUUACUCAUGCAAACCCCCUUGACUUUCAGUUAGUUAUUAUUUGAUGUAUGUCUUUUUUUUUUUAUCAGUAAGAUAUUGAUUGUUGAUCCCAUUUUCCAUAUCAGCAUUUCCUGCACUGAUAAAAUGCUACUACACCCGCUGUGUCUGUGGUAACCGGACAGCUUGUGUGCAAGCCUGUGAAUAGAAUGUGUCUGACUAUAUGGUGGAAAGACUGUACUGUAUUUAUUUCAUUUUUACUUUUGUGUUUUACUAAGAAAAGGCUGUAUGUUUUAUUUCAGUAGUAUGUGUUCAGCAAGUGGAAAUGUGUCUGAUAAGCUAUAAGAGGUUUGUUGAUGGAUAUUUAUAUUUUGUGUUUUAAGUUUUUAUAAUUUCAGUUUUACUUGGCGUUAUCACUGUUACCCGUGUAGCUCAGUUGGUAGAGCAUGGCGCUUGCAAUGCCAGGGUUGUGGGUUCGAUUCCCACAGG